AUGUAUUUGCCUCUAGGGAAUCAGCAGUUCUGUUCCUAUGGGGGGAGUGAUUAUCCAGGUUCUUACAGGGAUGAAGGUUUGCUUGCUUGUGAAGCCCAGUACAUGUGGACUCGACAGAGUGGUUUGAUUUCUAUUGUUGGCCUACCGGGGGUGAACCCCUCUCAUCCUGGGAAGAGGGUGCUGCUGAUUCAGGACGUCUUUGGUGCUUUAACUUGUCUUUGCCAGAUUGUGGCUCAUGCUUUUUGGGAACAGUGCAGUACUGGAGUGUUUUUUGGAACUGGCUGCUCCAGGUCUCUGUUCAAGGGCUUCUGCCUCCACAUCAGUGUUGUGAAACUUUCUCCAGAGGUGGCCUGGGGGCCAAGCAGGUGUGGCAGUUCUGCAGCAGACGCAUCUGCUACAAAAGUGGAAGAUGACUCCUUUCUCCAGUGGGUCCCACUCCUCAUCCCUGUGACUGCCUUUGGCUUGGGGACACGGCAGGUCCAGCGUUGGAAGUGGAAGCUGAACCUGAUUGCAGAGUUGGAGUCCAGAGUUCCGGCCGAGCCUGUUCCUCUGCCUGCAGAGGAAGUCCCAACGGAACUGAGAAAUCUGGAGUAUAGGCCAGUAGUCAGGGGGUGCUUCGACCACUCCAAGGAGCUGUAUAUGAUGCCCCGGAAUAUGGUGGACUCUGCCUGAGAGGCCUGAAAGUCCGGCCACAUCUCCUCCUCAGCUGAGACUGGGGCCUAUGUGGUCACUCCCUUCCAUUGCACUGACCUGGGAAACCCUCCCCACCUGGUAAAUAGAGGGUUUGUUCCCAGGAAGAAAGUGAAUUCUGAAAUUGGGCAGAAGGGCCAGGUAAGGGGAGAAGUGGACCUCGUUGGGACGGCAAGGCCGACAGAAACCAGCAAGUCUUUUGUCCCUGAGAACAAUCCAGAAGGGAACCACUGGCAUUAUGGGGACCUGGAGGCUAUGGCCAGAAUCACAGGCGCAGAGCCCAUCUUCAUGGAUGCUGACUUCAGUAGAGUCCCUGGAGGACCCAUCAGAAGGCAAACCAGAGUCACUCUGAGGAAGCAGCAUUUGCAGUACAUCAUAACCUGGAGUCCCAGACGGUAUGGACUCUCUGCAGCUACAUCAUACCUGUGGUUUAAGAAAUUCGUACGUGGAACACCCAGUGUGUGA